CUGUUGUCGUCACCUGGCUCAUGGCACCUGAUUGGCUGAACAGACUCUUGGUAGCGUUUCGUCACUUCCUGCUGUGGGCUGCAUGAUGGCGGUGCCCAUGUCGGCUCUGGCUGUUUGACUUAUAUCGACUUCUCCUGCCGCUGUGAGGUUUUUACCUCCAGCUUUAACCCUGACCACAGGAGGUUUAUGUCUUUGUGACGUUACCCGAAGUUCUCCUCGGUGAAGAUUUACGGAAGUGAACCGCGGCUGAACGUGUGCACGAGCUCACGCUGCUGAUGUUAGCUGUUAGCUAACAGUGUGUUACCCAAGAUCAUGGCGCUGCACAGACUGUCCUUCAGACUACGGCAAACGGUGACACAUGUUAGGAGCCUUCACACCUCUGGAUGUGCGCAGCAGCUGGAGUCUGUGGCUGUAGAUUCAGAACCUGAACCUUUCUCAGUUUUCAGGACACAGGAAAAUAAUCCAGAAUUUCAGUCGGAGAAACAUAUCGGACAGUAUUACACUCUGCCCUCCGCACACAUCAGCACUGCGUUCCCUCAUGGACUCCCCUGGCGCUAUCAACAACAGGUGAAGACGUUCAAUGAAGCCUGUAUGAUGGUGAGGCAGCCGGCUCUGGAGGUCAUCUCUUACCUGAAGAAAGCAGACUACAGCAAACCGGCGCUCAGAUAUUUAUUCUACGGGUUGAGGGGCAGCGGGAAGACGAUGUCUCUCUGUCACACAGUCCACUUCUGCCACACACAGGGGUGGCUGGUGCUGCACAUUCCUGACUGCUUUCUGUGGGUGAAGAACUGUAAAGAGCUGCUGCCCUCGUCCUUUAAGAGCUCUCGCUUUGACCAACCAUUACAAGCUGCGGAAUGGUUGCGCGAUUUCAAAAUAACCAAUGAGCAGUUCCUUUCAAAGAUAAAGACAAAGCAGCGUUAUGUGUGGACAAAGAGGGAGUUCACAGAGGAGGGGAGUUCACUGGGUCAGUUGGUGGAUCAGGGAAUAUCUCGUGUGAAGAGCAGCACUGAUGUUGUGGGGGCAGUGAUGAAGGAACUGAGGCUACAAAGCGGCCAGCCGGAGUCAAACUUUCGCUUAGCCGUGGCUGUAGAUGGUGUCAACGCCCUCUGGGGAAGAUCAACCAUCAAGAAGGAGGAUAAGAGCGCGGUGGAGCCAGAGGAGCUGACUUUGGUUUAUAACCUGAGGAAGCUGAUGAAGAAUGACUGGACCGGAGGCGCUAUCAUCACCACUGUGUCUCAGACGGGGUCUCUCUUCAUUUCUAAAUCUGCCUACCUGCCUCAAGAGCUGCUGGGAGAGACGGGUUUCGACAACAUGGACCCAUUUAUCCCGGUGUCAGUGCCCAACUACAGCGAGAGGGAGUUUGAGAGCUGUUAUCUUUACUAUAUAGACCGCAAAUGGCUGCAGCAUCCACAGAGUCAGACAGAGGAAGGGAAGAAAGAACUCGUUUUUUUGAGCAACAGAAAUCCAACCAUGAUGGAAAGAAUUUGUUCCUCCCUAUGAAGUCACAGACAGACUGAAAUCAUCAAACACAGAGAAACACAACAUCACACAGAGAUAUCAGUGUCCUGGGAAUAUACAAACUUACCAAUGUCCACGUCUAUCAUUUGUAAAUUAUGAUGCAUGUAUGUUGCUUUGAUAAUAAAAUGUGUACUGAA